AUGAGGAUUUGCUGGUUCAUAACAACUUUAGCCAUUACUGCUUUCUUUUCUUCUCCUGCUUAUGCUUAUGAUCUCAACCCUCUACAGGACAUAUGUGUUGCAGUUAACGACUCUAAGGCUUCUGUUUUUGUGAAUGGGAAGUUUUGCAAAGACCCAAAGCUUGCAAAAGCGGAUGAUUUCUUUGCUUCAGGUCUUAACGUUAGUGGAAAUUCAGUGCCUCAGUUAGGUUUUGCUGUAAAGGUUGUGGAUGUGAACAACAUGCCUGGACUCAACAGUCUUGGUAUGUCUAUAGUUCGCGCUGACUUGGAACCACAGGGUCUCAGUCCACUUCACACGCACCCUCGAGCUACUGAGCUCAUAACUAUCUUGGAGGGUACUAUUUAUGCUGGAUUUCUUGCUCCUGAUGCAGCAAACAUUUUUAAGAGUCGUCUCUUCUCCAAAAUCUUGAAUCCUGGAGAUGUGUUUGCGAUCCCACAAGGUCUUAUUCACUUCCAGUAUAACGCGGGACACAAAAAAGCUACUCUGCUUGCUUCUUUCAACAGUCAAAAUGCUGGAGUCGUCAUUAUUCCUGACUCAAUCUUUGCUUCAGAUCCACCUAUUCUGGACGACGUUCUUGCCAAAGGGUUCCAACUUGAUAAGAAAGUGAUUGAAGAACUUCGGAAGAAAUUCUCCUAG